CCAGUAUACAGGCUAAAUUUCACAAACGGAACAUUAUGUGGGCUCACUUGCUCUACAUCCGCGCCGCUAUCAACCUUGAACUUCAGGUGUCCUGGCGAAUGUUCUGUUCUCCUCCGUUGACUGCUGACACCCCCGUCUCCAUUUCCAGGAAGUUAAGAGGUAAAAGUGGUGGUCAAGAGAUGGAUGGCAUUUGCUUGUGCCCCCACAUUCAUUGUGUCCCUAGACCCUACGGCCCCGAGGCCAUUGCUAAUGGAAAACACUGCCAUUCCUCAUGUUACAAUCUGUCCCAGGUAGAGGUGGGAUACACGGAAGCAUUCUGUUCAUGGAAAAGACUCAGUGGGACCAGACUCGGCCACAAAGGACCAAGUUUACCCAGAGUAGUUCAGGAUUUCCCAGAGCAAAGGCAACAGUUGUCUUCAAGGCCAUGAUGGCUGAUGACUCUCCCGUGUAUCUUUCAUCCCUUCCCAAGAAUCCAAAGAGAAGUUCCAAGCUGUGGAAAAUAGCCUUUGGUGGCUGGCUGAAGAUAGUGACCGGCUCCCUCUUAACAUUUUAUGUGGUCUUCUGUCUUGAUGAUGGGAUGGUGCUGAUCAACAAAGAGACGCCUCCAAGGUUUAUGUACCCUCAGGAGUGGCAGCACCUCACCAUGUUCAUCCUCCUCACCCUUGACGGUUGUGUAGACGUCAUAAGCAAGAACGUGCUGCGGCAGAGGUGUGCAGCCUUAGAAAGAGGUUCCAUGGCCCUGGGCAUCUAUGUGCUGCUACUGCUGCUGGUGUCCCAUGUUCAGGUCUCAUCCAAGGUGGAACUGUACGUUCACUCUCUCCUCAUCCUGGUGGUGUUCCUGCUGAUGCUGGUGUUGACGGCAGAGCUGUGGGCUGCUGGGUCCUUUCGCCUUCAGCUGAUCAAGAACUUUCUAUUCCUGAUGAUGGGCUCGUGGCUGAUGCACACAGGCUUCAUUCUGUUUAGACCGGUCUCUGGCUACCCAUGGAAGGAUGAAGACAUCAUGUUUGCCACCACCUUCUUCUGUUGGCAUAUAAUAAUCGAUGCCCUAUGCCUGUUGGGAGUCUACGGUUUAUCUUCAUCUUGGUACCAUCGCUACAGCCCCAGCCUGAGGCUGGUGGGUUCCAAGGAAGCACUGUAUCACGAGAGCUCUUCAGGAACUUUCUACAGGCUGCUUCAGGAUACAGAGUAGCAGGACAAAGAUGACCAGUCUCUUCUCCCUUCAAAGAGCUUUCCCAUUGACAGGGCCUAGAAUAUACACACCACGCCAUCUUUCUCCUGUAGGCUCUCGGGUACUUGUAAUGCAUCCCUUCUUCCUCAGCGAAGGUAAUGGCCCUGGAGGAUGGCAGUUAGUCCCAACUAUAAAGCCUGUCAUUGACUCUAUACUGUUGAGUCUAUACUGUUGAAAAGGUCUAUACUGUUGAAAAGUCUAUACUGUUGAAAAGAGUCUAUUGACUCUAUACUGUUGAAAAGGAUAACCUGGAAAAGUGACAUAGCUUAGAUUAUGCUGGUCAGGAGGAAUGGGAAGACAAAGUGGACUAAGAGAGCUGAGAAGAGUGGGCCACAAGAACUACGCACAGUGGGAAACCUCCGGAGGAGGGGCAGAGUUCAGUAAGGAUGCUACCAUGAAAAUGCUUCUUUAAGUGUUAGCCAAGAAAUAAAGACUUCCCACAAAUGGAAAAGGCAGUGUGGGUGCCCCUGCUGACAACUAAAGUGGCACUGUGUGGA